CCAAGUGUACCACAAUUUCAAGUGCUCUCCAAGCCACUACUUUCAAGCACUAUAAGAGUGUACCAAAUGUAAUGUUUUGGCCAAAGAUAUUCAUUGUAGCAGCAAAUAUGAAUAUGAAUGUUAUUCUUUCUGUCCACUUCCUAUGUUUCUUUCUUUUAACUACAUCAUUCAUUAAAACAUAUGGAAUAAAUGUUGGAGCCAAUGAAUCUGAUAGAAUAGUUGAUCUUCCUGGGGUACCUUCAAGCCCCUCAGUCUCACACUUUUCAGGUUACAUCACGGUCAAUGAAGACCAUGGGAGGGCCCUUUUCUAUUGGUUUUUCGAAGCUCAAUCCGAACCGUCCAAGAAGCCUCUCCUUCUCUGGCUCAAUGGAGGACCUGGAUGCUCCUCUGUUGGGUAUGGUGCAGCUAUUGAGAUAGGGCCUCUUUUAGUCAACAAAAAUGGUGAAGGACUAAAUUUCAACCCAUACUCAUGGAAUCAAGAAGCAAAUUUGUUAUUUGUAGAGUCCCCUGUUGGAGUUGGUUUUUCUUACACCAACACCUCUUCUGAUCUCACCAUAUUAGAGGAUAAUUUUGUUGCUGAGGAUGCCUACAAUUUCUUGGUGAAUUGGCUACAAAGAUUCCCACAGUUCAAAUCCAGGGGCUUUUUUAUUUCAGGAGAAAGCUAUGGUGGACACUACAUUCCUCAGCUUGCAGAGUUAAUCUUUGAUAGGAACAAAGAUAAAAAUAAAUACCCCUUUAUCAAUCUUAAAGGCUUUAUAGUAGGGAAUCCAGAAACUGAAGAUUAUUAUGACUAUAAAGGUUUGCUGGAAUAUGCAUGGAGCCAUGCAGUUAUAUCAGAUCAGCAAUAUGACAAAGCAAAACAAGUGUGUGAUUUCAAACAAUUUCAAUGGUCUAAUGAAUGCAAUAAGGCCAUGAAUGAAGUCUUUCAAGAUUACUCAGAAAUUGACAUAUACAACAUUUAUGCCCCGAAAUGUCGUCUAAAUAGCACAUCCGCAAUUGCUAGUGAGGGCCUUGAACAACUUACAAAGGGGAGGAAUGAUUAUAGAAUGAAGAGGAAGAGAAUAUUUGGGGGCUAUGAUCCGUGUUAUUCAACAUAUGCAGAAAAAUACUUCAAUAGGAUAGAUGUUCAAUCAUCUUUUCAUGUAAAUACUGAAAGAGGAAACACUAAUAUCACAUGGGAGGUUUGCAAUAAUUCCAUAUUGCAGACUUACAACUUCUCUGUCUUCUCCAUCCUACCCAUUUACACCAAACUCAUCAAGGGUGGGCUUAAAAUAUGGAUUUAUAGUGGAGAUGCAGAUGGCAGAGUACCAGUGAUAGGGACACGAUACUGCGUUGAGGCUCUUGGAUUGCCUCUUAAGUCAAGUUGGCGCUCUUGGUACCUCGAUAAUCAGGUUGGAGGAAGGAUAGUGGAGUAUGAGGGUUUGACAUACGUUACAGUGAGAGGAGCUGGUCAUUUGGUGCCUCUAAACAAGCCCAAGGAGGCUCUUUCUCUUAUUCAUUCUUUCCUGGCCGGCGACCGCCUUCCUACUCGUCGUUGAUCACUCCUCUCCAUGUACACCGAUCAUUUUUAGUACUACAGGAGUACUGAAAAUUUGCUCUGCCUCCUGGGUUUGCAAUUUUUCUCAAAAAGAAUGAAAUUCUGGUGUAUAUCAUCAAUAUAUUUAAUAAAUGAAAAGUAAUAAUGUGAGAGGAAUGAUGUAUCCAUGAAAUCAAGGUGUUAAUUAGUUUCAAAUGAUCAUUAUCAAAGAUUAAUCACAUGUACAUGUAUAAAUAUAAUGCCUUGGCCUUGUAGUGGACAUGUUGGUUUCCCGAAAUGCCAAAGGGUAAAAGUUUCUGUGA